GCUCUGGGCAUGAGCGGUCUAGCGGAGCACGGGCGCUCCUGAGAUAGGAUGACGCUCGGGCUCGGCGGGCGGUAGUACUAUGAUUUGGUAUGUGGCCACUUUGAUAGCAAGUGUGAUCAGCACCAGAGGGCUGGCUGCUCAAGGCGCCCACGGACUGCGAGAGGAACCCGAGUUCGUGACUGCUCGUGCUGGAGAGGGUGUGGUCCUGAGAUGCGACGUGAUCCACCCGGUGACCGGGCAGCCUCCACCCUAUGUCGUGGAGUGGUUCAAGUUUGGGGUCCCUAUUCCCAUCUUCAUCAAGUUUGGCUACUAUCCCCCGCACGUGGACCCUGAGUAUGCAGGCCGGGCCAGUCUUCAUGAUAAAGCCUCGCUGCGCCUGGAGCAGGUCCGCUCGGAGGACCAGGGCUGGUACGAGUGCAAAGUGCUCAUGCUGGACCAGCAGUAUGAUACCUUCCACAAUGGCAGCUGGGUCCAUCUCACCAUCAACGCUCCUCCCACAUUUACAGAAACACCCCCCCAGUACAUUGAGGCCAAGGAGGGUGGCAGUAUUACCAUGACCUGCACGGCUUUUGGGAACCCCAAGCCCAUUGUCACCUGGCUCAAGGAGGGGACACUCCUAGGUGCUAGCGGGAAAUACCAGGUGAGUGAUGGGAGCCUGACCGUGAAGGAAGUCAGUCGGGAAGACAGAGGUGCCUACACCUGCCGAGCAUACAGCAUACAGGGGGAGGCUGUCCACACCACCCACCUGCUUGUCCAAGGGCCUCCUUUCAUAGUUUCCCCUCCAGAGAACAUCACUGUCAACAUAUCCCAGGAUGCUCUGCUCACCUGCCGGGCAGAGGCGUAUCCUGGCAACCUUACCUACACCUGGUACUGGCAGGAUGAGAACGUCUACUUCCAGAAUGACCUGAAGCUGCGGGUACGAAUCCUGAUCGACGGGACCCUGAUCAUCUUCCGGGUGAAGCCAGAGGAUGCAGGGAAGUACACCUGUGUCCCCAGCAACAGCCUGGGGCGCUCGCCCUCCGCCUCGGCCUACUUGACAGUGCAGUAUCCGGCCCGUGUCCUCAACAUGCCACCUGUGAUCUACGUGCCUGUGGGAAUCCACGGCUAUAUCCGCUGCCCCGUGGACGCAGAGCCACCAGCUACUACAGUCAAGUGGAACAAGGAUGGCCGGCCCCUACAGAUUGAGAAGAACCUGGGCUGGACCUUAAUGGAUGACGGCUCCAUUCGGAUUGAGGAGGCCACAGAGGAGGCUCUUGGCACUUAUACCUGUGUGCCUUACAAUACCUUGGGGACCAUGGGCCAGUCUGCGCCUGCACGACUCGUCCUGAAGGACCCUCCAUAUUUCACGGUGCUACCAGGCUGGGAGUACAGGCAGGAGGCCGGCCGGGAGCUGCUCAUUCCCUGUGCAGCAGCUGGAGACCCCUUCCCUGUCAUCACAUGGAGAAAGGUAGGGAAGCCCAGCAGAAGUAAGCACAACGCCCUGCCCGGUGGGGGCCUCCAGUUCCGGGCACUGAGCAAGGAAGACCACGGGGAGUGGGAGUGCGUCGCCACCAACGUGGUCACCAGCAUCACUGCCAGUACCCACCUCACCGUCAUAGGCACCAGCCCUCAUGCCCCGGGCAGCGUCCGGGUCCAGGUCUCCAUGACAGCUGCCAACGUGUCCUGGGAACCCGGCUAUGACGGAGGAUAUGAGCAGACAUUCUCAGUUUGGUACGGGCCUCUGAUGAAGCGGGCACAGUUUGGGCCCCAUGAUUGGCUGUCCUUGCCCGUGCCACCGGGACCCAACUGGUUGCUGGUUGACACUCUGGAGCCCGAGACGGCAUACCAGUUCAGCGUCCUGGCCCAGAACAAGCUGGGGACGAGCGCCUUCAGUGAGGUGGUCACUGUGAACACUUUAGCAUUCCCUAUCACAACUCCAGAACCCCUGGUGCUGGUUACUCCACCGAGGUGCCUCACAGCCAACCGGACCCAGCAGGGUGUGCUUCUGUCCUGGCUGCCUCCUGCCAACCACAGCUUCCCCAUUGACCGCUACAUCAUGGAGUUCCGGAUUGGGGAGCGCUGGGAGACCCUGGAUGACAUCAUUCCAGGCACCGAGGGAGAGUUCUUUGCAAAGGACCUAUCACAGGACACCUGGUAUGAGUUCCGGGUUCUGGCCGUCAUGCAGGAUCUGAUCAGCGAGCCCAGCAACAUUGCCGGCGUCUCCAGCACAGACAUCUUCCCCCAGCCGGACCUGACCGAGGAUGGGCUUGCUCGGCCGGUGCUGGCUGGCAUCGUGGCCACCAUCUGCUUCCUGGCGGCAGCAAUCCUGUUCAGCACCUUGGCAGCCUGCUUUGUCAACAAACAGCGCAAGCGUAAGCUGAAGCGCAAAAAAGACCCUCCACUCUCCAUAACUCACUGCAGAAAGAGUCUGGAGUCCCCCCUGUCUUCCGGCAAGGUGAGCCCUGAGAGCAUUCGCACACUCCGGGCCCCAUCAGAGUCCUCCGACGACCAGGGCCAGCCAGCCGCCAAAAGGAUGCUGAGCCCCACGCGGGAGAAGGAGCUGUCGCUGUAUAAGAAGACCAAGAGGGCCAUUAGCAGUAAGAAGUACAGCGUAGCCAAGGCCGAGGCUGACGCAGAGGCCACCACACCCAUCGAGCUCAUCAGCAGGGGCCCCGACGGGCGCUUCGUGAUGGGCCCUGCGGAGAUGGAGCCCUCCCUGAAGAGCAGGCGGAUCGAGGGCUUCCCCUUUGCUGAGGAGACUGACAUGUACCCCGAGUUCCGCCAGUCUGAUGAAGAGAAUGAUGACCCGCUGGUGCCCCCCUCUGUGGCCGCCCUCAAAUCCCAGCUGACCCCGAUGUCGUCCAGCCAGGAGUCCUACCUGCCACCACCAGCAUACAGCCCUCGGUUCCAGCCCCGGGGGCUGGAGGGCCCCAGCGGCCUGGAAGGGCGGCUCCAGGCCACAGGCCAAGCCCGGCCACCAGCACCCAGGCCCUUCCACCAUGGCCAGUAUUACGGGUACCUGAGCAGCAGCAGCCCCGGGGAGGUGGAGCCGCCCCCCUUCUACAUGCCGGAGGUGGGCAGCCCCCUGAGCUCGGUCAUGUCUUCCCCACCCCUGCACACGGAGGGUCCUUUCGGCCACCCCACCAUUCCCGAGGAAAACGGAGAGAAUGCGUCCAACAGCACGCUGCCCUUGACUCAGACGCCCACCGGGGGUCGCUCCCCCGAGCCCUGGGGCCGGCCAGAGUUCCCCUUCGGGGGGCUGGAGGCCCCGGCCAUGAUGUUCCCUCACCAGCUACACCCCUGCGAGGUAGCUGAGAGUCUGCAGUCCCAGGCCUGUCUCCCCAGAGGACUGCCCCCGGCUUCCCUCCAGGUGCCCGCGGCCUACCCGGGCAUCCUGUCUCUGGAGGCACCAAAGAGCUGGGCAGGCAAGUCUCCGGGCCGGGGCCCCGCCUCGGGGCCCGCCGUGGCCAAGUGGCAGGACAAGCCUAUGCAACCUCUGGUGAGCCAAGGGCAGCUCAGACACACCAGCCAAGGCAUGGGCAUACCGGUGUUGCCUUACCCCGAGCCGGCCGAGCCGGGCGGGCGGGCAGGCCCCAGCGCCUUCGGCCUGGAUACCCGGUGGUACGAGCCCCAGCCCCGGCCCCGGCCGAGCCCCCGGCAGGCCCGGCGAGCCGAGCCCAGUUUACAUCAAGUGGUGCUACAGCCCUCGCGGCUCUCACCUCUGACCCAAAAUUGCCCGGAGCCCCUUCUCGUUGACUACUUCUAG